UCCCUAUCUAGUUAUUCUGCUCCCUAUCUAGUUAUUCUGCUCCCUAUCUAGUUAUACUGCUCCCUGUCUAGUUAUUCUGCUCCCUAUCCAGUUAUUCUGCUCUUUAUCUAGUUAUUCUGCUCCCUGUCGUGAUAAGUUCCUGUCCCUAUUUAGUUAUUCUGCUCCCUAUCCAGUUAUUCUGUUCCCUGUCGUGAUAAGUUCCUGUCCCUAUCUAGUUAUUCUGCUCCCUAUCCAGUUAUUCUGCUCCCUAUCUAGUUAUUCUGCUCCCUGUCGUGAUAAGUUCCUGUCCUUAGCUCCUGAUGGAGUAGUUGCUCAGGAUAUCAGGAUGAAAUAUGGAUUCCAGACCUAUCCCUAUUCAAUAUUUUCUCCUAUUAAUCAAGAAAAGUGGAGACAGCUUGCUAAACAAAGAGAAUUGAACAACCUUCAGCCGAAAUUCGACCCUGGUUUUGAGAUUGAUGAUGAGUUUAAGGAUCAGAAUGUAUUGAGUCCGAACUUGAUAAAUGAUGAAAGACUAGCUGAGCAGGUCGGACCAGUCAGGUAUGGGGUGUUCAGAAGAUCAAAUCCAGAAUCCUGAACAAAUAAAAUAACUUGGAGAUGUCGUAAUCUAAAUCUGCAUGUGCAGAGACAUGGAGUUCAACAAGACUAAAGAAGAACAUGGCGAUAUUAGUAAAAACAGAGAUAGAUCAUCAAUUAACAGAUCCAGCCAUUUUUUUAAAUUAUUUUUUAUCAAUUAGAUGCUUGGUGUUUGGACCAUUAAGUUAUGCAAAUUUGAUCUUGAUUAUGUAAGAAAACUUUAAAAAUAAAAAUCUCUUUCAGACAAGAUGGCCUUUAUGAACCAGCUGAGUAGGCGUUCCCUAUCUUCCAGCCACGCCUUCGGGGCUAAAAUUCAAGAGUUUAUUGUUAUUGGAGGUGGGCUCAUGGGCGCUGGCAUUGCACAGGUUUAAAACUUUACAAAUAUUUUUAAAACUUUUCAUUUAGGGAGACUAAUGUUCAUGAAAGACUCGGUUCUAGAAGCUUCUCAUAAGAGAAUGGUCGACUCUGUUACAAGGGUGGCUAAAAAGCAGUUUAAGGAUGAUGCUGCUGCAGCGGAUAAAUUUAAAGACUCGGUGUUAUCCAACAUCAGUACUUCAACAACAGCAAACAAGGCUCUAGAAACCGCGGAUUUGGUUGUUGAAGCAGUUGUUGAAAAUAUGGGACUCAAGCAGAAACUUUUCAGGGAGUAUGACGCGAUAGCUCCAGCUAAAACUAUAUUUGCAUCCAACACUUCCUCUCUUCCCAUUGCUGAGAUUGCUUCUGCUACCAACCGUCUGGACAGGUUCGGUGGUCUACAUUUCUUCAACCCUGUACCUGUUAUGAAACUUCUUGAAGUUAUUAGGAUUCCUGAAACAUCUGAUGAAACCUUUAAUUCAAUGCUUGCUUGGGGGAAGGCAAUGAAGAAGGUGACUGUUGACUGUAAAGAUACCCCCGGGUUUAUCGUGAACCGUCUCCUAGUCCCCUACCUCAUGGAGGCUAUCAGAAUGGUGGAAAGGGGAGAUGCAAGUGUCAAAGAUGUAGACACUGCUAUGAAGUUAGGAGCAGGUCAUCCAAUGGGACCUUUUGAGUUGGCAGAUUAUGUUGGACUUGAUACAAACAAGUUCAUCAUGGACGGGUGGAGUGAACGUUAUCCUGAUGAAACUCUGUUUAGGACAAGUGAACUUUUAAACAAGAUGGUUGCUGAGAAUAAGUUGGGUCGAAAGAGUGGAGAAGGAUUUCAUAAAUAUUAAACCUCAACCUGAACCUGACUCAGGGUCCAACCUGAACCUAACUCAGUGUCCAACCUAAACCUGACUCAGGGUCCAACUUGAACCUGACUCAGGGUCCAACCUGAACCUGACUAAGAGUUCAACCUGAACUGAACUUAACUCAGAGUCCAACCUGAACCUGACUCAACGUCCAACAUGAAUCAAUUGAAAUGUACUGAGCUAAAUUCAUAAUAUGUGUACUUUGUAAUAUUUCAUUUUGCGUCUACCUUCUUGAUAGCACUAUAAUGGAUAGAGAACUUUAAAAAACUCUACAGAGUACAAAUUAUGAAUUGUACACGGUGCACUGUAGUGUACACUCUACACAGUGUACAGUGUACACACUGAGCAUAGGUCUUUACAUUUAGUACUUUAAAAUAAAUAAAAUGAAACUAGA